GUUAAAAGGUUGAAGAAAUAGUAAAUGAUUUUCUGCUAAAUGCAAAGAUAAUAAAACAGAAUUGGGAAAAAAAUGAAGAAGUGGAAUCUUGUCUUGAUGGUAAACAGCUAUAUUGAAUAUGUAAUUUAAUUCAUGGAUGGAUAUUUAGAAAGCAUUAGUUUUGAUGUGAAUGUGCUUUUGAGAUUUUUGCUUUAUGGUUUAUUGUGGAAUAAGGUUUUUCUUUGUUUCUUUGUGGUAAAAUACGGUUUUGUUUUUGCUCUUAUCAAUGACAGUAUCAUUUAAUUUAACUUUUUAUUGAUGAUAUUGUUUAUUAUUAUCGGCAUCAUCAUUAAGACAUUAUCCCCACUGUUAAUGGUGUGGGUCCAGUACUACCAGGUUGUGCUCAGUAAGGGCACAACUGAACCUUCUGUAGAGACAGUGCAUGACAAUUCCCAGUUUCUCAAAUACUGAUUUGUGAGAAUAUGUAUGUUUCUUAUAUGAUAUUUUUUUAACACAUUUGUUGAAGCAUUUCUACUGCUAUCAUGUGGCAAGGUUAGUCAUAACCAGCUGCAUAUAUAAGAUUCAGCAUGUACUUACAAUUUUCAUGAACCAAACAAGCAGGAAUAUUUUCACAACUAUUCAUUUCUGCAGGGUUUGUUCUACAUGACUACAGGGAAAAUGUACAGUGUAUGUUCUCUCCAAUUUAAAUUUCUUUAUCAGAAAGAUGGUCAUAGGACAGUUACCAUCAAUUGUACCAAUCUUGUAGGAUUUACAUCAGUGGUACCUUUACCAUCUGAAGGCUGCAAUAAUUGAUCUUCCAUGUUUGAUAAAUCUUACAGAAAUCACGUACCACAUUAUAACUACCAAAAACUACAAAUUUUUCCUAUUUAUUAAAAAGAUCUGUAUUAAACAACAAUUGCACCAGAAAUGAAAAUAAAUCAAACCUGAAUUAAUCAAAUUGAGCAGAAAAGAAGCAGAAACAGGGCAGUAAACUUGGGUCGUAUGAUACUAGACGGUGAAUUUUUAGUUCUGAUACCAGAUAGUGCCUUGCAACUUUGCAAAGUAUCUAGUAUUAUCUCUUUGGUAUUUGAUAUGGGUCACUGUGCCACAAGUGGUCUUUCUUAUGCAUUGCCAUGUUCCCCAAUUCAAUUUUUAAGAAAUUGAAAAAAUAAAUUUUAAGUAAUUGAGGGACAAAAUGGGAAAAUAAAAAUCUCAUUUAAUUUGAAUUUUUAUUGAUGAAAUUUCUCAAUUUUUUGGUAAUAGGUAUAAUAUAUUGUAGGUAGGAUAAUCGUGUUGGAGUGCAAAUUCUUUUUUGUACAUAUUUUUAAUUAAAUGUGUAUUUUGUAAUUAAUUGACAGUUUUUGUUUGAGUAUAUUUUUCCUGCCUUAUUGAAAUAAAUGGAAAAUAAAUGUUAAGGUGUAGUGACAUUUGCAAAUAUAAAUACUCAGUAUUCUGAUCUCGUUUGUUACAGUGUAAAUCCCAUUUCUAUCUUUUGAAGAAUAACUCCAUAUAAUGUUUGAAGACAGUAUAGUCUUCAAUUAAAUAUAUAGUUUUCUUUCUCAUAUAUUUAGUAUGAAAAAACUUGUGAAAUACCAAAAAAAUGGACCUGGAGAAUUUUCCUGAAAUACAUGUUUGAAGUAGCUUUGCCAAUGAAAAUGUCUGAUUUUCGGAAACACCUGCCUAAACCUGUUAAGAACACAAGUGUCUAAAUGACACACAGGUCCCCUCCCCCUCCAGUGAAUAUUGUCUAAUAUUUUUGGUCCAACUUAAGAACUUGCAAAUUAGAUAUGGAACUUGUAUUAUUUUUUUUAAGUACAAUAAAACCUUUGUAAGGCGUAAAUGUGCCUAUGUCAGAAAAAAAAUUCAGAACAGACUAUUUUCCAAAGCAAAGUGCACUGGAUAAGAUGGAAACCUGUCUAGCACAGAAACUGAAAGGAAAUUGUAGUAUGAUGGUAUUAAAAGUUCUGGAGAACACAAAAUAAAUAUUUAAAAAAUUAGCCAUUGUAAGACUUGUAAGUGUGGCGACAUUGUACCACGAGAUACUCAGAGUUGUUCUCUUCCAUUCCCUUCCUCAGCUUCCUACUUUUUGGACGUUGUAUUUCCUUAGCUACUCCUGCGAAAGCCACUGCCUUUUUGUAAUACCACUGACCUUCACAAGUCUGUGUCAAGGGAGGUGAGAUCCAAAGAGCAAUUCUUCCACAGUUUUUGUAAUAUGUGCAUUGGGUUUAAUAGUUGUAUGAGUUUACUGUUGUUCAGUUUCAGGUAUUGUGAUAAUCCAUUGUUUAUGAUGUCAAGCGCAAAUUGAAAAUGUUAACUCUUAGUGAGAAAAUUAGACUAAUUGAAGAACACAAACAAACCUACACUUCUGUCACAGUUUUGAUAAAGAAAUGUAAAGUUGGUAAAACUCAAGUGUAAGAUACCUUUAAACAAAGUCAAAAUCUAGAAUUUUGAAUCAAGAUUGAAAGGAAUUUUUUAUAGGUGGUUGCCAUAAUGUUCGUGAGUACUUAGGCAAAAUGCCGAAGCUUAAAUCGUCAGAUGAAUUCAUUUGUUCCUACAACUAUUGAACAAAAUAAUUAUUCUUUUACAUUUUAUGGAGUUCUUUGUUUCAUUAGACUUCGUGUUGCGUUUCUGUUUAUCAUUUUCUUUGACUGUCCUGGGAUGUCUUCGUUUUUUUGAAAUGUAGAUUUUAGGUGAUAUAAACUACUCAUACAACCUAUUCCAUCUUUGAACACUUGUGUUUUCUGAAUUGAGAGUUUUUAUUGUAAACCUGAAUAAGCUGGAAACCUGUACAAGAUAGAGGAACAUGGUCCAAAAUGAUUGUGCCCUAGAAAGAUUUUACUGUAGUUCAUCUUCAAGAUACAAAAGCGUAUUUUAAAGUGCUUUUUUUUUAAAUACCUUGAAUGAAUACAGAAAUGUGUCCUUUAGAUUUAGAAAAAGACUGAUUUUCAUUAUAACUUCAAAUUUUUAAGAAUUGCAAAAUUUCACCCCUUUUCUUCAAACCUCUCCUUUGCCUUCAUUAUUGAAGGUAGUGAUUGGAAGGAAGUAAUUUUGCUCAUA